GGAGGUUAAUUCAUAAGGUAAACGCAGCGCGAAUUUUGUGUACAUAUUAAACAUAUUCAUUUUUGAGUUAAAAUACGUCAAGUGUCACGUGCAAAAUUUUGGCACGCGCUCGUUCGUUUUUGACAUUGGUAAUGCGAAAUUCAUAGAAUCUAAUAAAACAGAAUUAAUUUUUGUUGUUAUUGUAUAAUAGUGCAAUGUGGUAUUUUAAACGGAUUAUGCAGUUAACGGUAUUAAAUCCGUGGGAAAGUUCAUUUUAGUUAUUCAUUGAAACAGACCUUUACCAAAUAAAAUGGUAGUUAAAACCCCUCAAAAACGUUCGGUCCGAAUUUUAUUAGUAGGUGAUAAUGGAGUUGGUAAAACCUCUCUAAUUUUAUCACUAGUAAGUGAAGAAUUUCCUGAAAAUGUUCCUGCAAAAGCUGAAGAAAUUACUAUACCAGCCGAUGUCACUCCAGAACAAGUUCCAACCAAUAUUGUGGACUAUUGUUCUGCCGAGCAGGGAGAGUCUGAAUUGAAUGAACAAAUCAGAAGAGCGAGCGUCGUAUGUAUCGUUUAUGCUGUCGACGAUGAUGAUUCCAUUGAAAGGAUUACAUCAUAUUGGAUGCCCUUGAUAAGACAAAACCACCCAGAUUCUUCAUGUCCUGUUGUAUUAGUGGGCAACAAGAUUGACUUAGUAGAGUACUCCACAAUUGAUGGUAUCUUUGAAAUAAUGGAAGACUUUUCAGAAAUCGAAACGUGUAUAGAAUGCUCUGCCAAAACUUUGAAAAAUAUUUCGGAGAUGUUUUAUUAUGCACAAAAAGCCGUACUUCAUCCAACUGCUCCAAUUUAUUCUGUGGAAAAAGCUGAUCUGUCAGAUGCUUGUAAAAAUGCCUUAAUACGAAUAUUCAAAAUAUGUGAUAUCGAUUGCGAUGGUCUUCUCAACGACAUCGAACUGAACAACUUCCAAAGUCGUUGUUUUAACGCCCCAUUGCAGCCACAAGUUUUGGAUGACGUAAAAGCAGUUCUAAGAAAAAAUACUGAAGACGGAGUUUGCCAUAAUUGUGUCACUCUAAACGGUUUCUUAUAUUUACAUAGUUUGUUUAUACAGAGAGGCAGGAACGAAACCACGUGGACUGUAUUAAGAAAGUUUGGAUACAACGAUAAUCUAAAUAUGUCCAAAGAAUACUUGUUCCCUAGUUUGAAAGUUCCAUCAGGCUGUACUACCGAACUUUCGUAUAGAGGUCAACAGUUCCUUACCCAUUUGUUUGAUAGAUAUGAUAAAGACAGAGAUAAGGCACUGUCGCCUUCAGAAUAUGAAGAACUAUUUUCCUCGUGUCCUACACCAGCUUGGGGACCAGACGUCAGUUCUAUGGUAGCUACUAAUGAAAAAGGAUGGAUCACUUACCAAGGAUAUAUGUGUCAAUGGGCGUUGAUGACUUUAAUAGAUUUGCCUAGGACGUUUGAAUAUCUGGCUUACUUAGGUUAUAACAUUUAUGAAAAUGAGAAUCAAAUAACUGCCGUACAAGUUACAAGAGACAAGAAAACAGAUUUAGCGAAGAAACAGUCUAGUAGAAAUGUAUAUCAGUGCCAUGUUAUUGGACCGUCGGGAUCAGGAAAAUCCACAUUUUGUAAAAGCUUCAUCAAGUCCAUUGUUGAACCAAAUAAACCUCAAUCCGAUAAAACCGGGACGCCAAAUUGUACAGUAAACUGUAUUCAAGUAUACGGACAAGAGAAAAUAAUGGUACUUAGAGACAUUAAUAUAAGAAAUGUUUCGGAUCCUUUGCUUCCAGCUGAAGUGCAAUGCGACGUUGCAUGUUUGGUUUACGAUCAAAAUAACUCAAAGUCAUUUGAAUAUAUUGCAAGGAUAUACAUUAAAUAUUUUGCUGAGAGUAAAAUUCCUGUUUUAAUUGUGGCUUGUAAAGAUGAUUUGGAGGAAGUACGACAAGAUUAUUUAUUACAACCUUCUAGUUUUUGUCAGAAGUACAAAAUUCUUCCCAUACAGAAAUUUUCUGCUAAAGGACCCAACCGGAAAGAUGUGUUUGUUAAGCUAGCAACUAUGGCUGCGUUCCCUCGUUUCCAAGCAGCAUGGAUUUUAUUUUAUAAGCAUAGUCCGUUACGACGUAUGGUACACGCUUUACUGUUACGACCUCAACCAACAGAGUGGUUAGAUCAUUUUUGCAGGAAUUUCCGGGAAUUUGGUAUGAGGGCAGCUGAUACAACUGUUUGGUGGAAAGCUGGUAUUAGUUUAGCAGCGGUUACAGCUUUAGGAUUCAUUGUAGCAAAAGUUAUGAAUACAGCAGACAAAACGAGAUAGACAAUGUAACAUAUGAAAAAUUAUUAUAUUAUGUACAAUAUUUUACUGUACCUUAUUUUUUUCUAUUUAUUAAUCAUUGAUUAGAAUAGUUAUUUUAUUUAUGUUCUUCGAUUCUCCGGAUAAUUUGAUCGACUGAAGUGUAUACGUUCAGGAGGUUCUUAGACUUAAGGUAGAAACGAGAAACCAAUAUGUAACAUAGUUUUUUAAAUCAACUAAUAUAUUAUUUAAAACAUA